GGACGGCGCGGGCCCGCCUCCCUCCUCCGCCGCCAUGGCGGCGCCGCCGGUCGCCGUCCUCCUAGCGCUGCUGCCGCUUCUUGCGGGCGGCGGCGGCGCGGGGCCCGCCUGGGAACCCGCCGGUUACCUGCUCUACUGCCCCUGCAUGGGCCGCUUCGGGAACCAGGCCGAGCAUUUCCUGGGCGCCCUGGCCUUCGCCCGCGCCCUCAACCGCACCCUGGCCGUGCCUCCCUGGAUCGAGUACCGCCACCACCGCCCGCCCUACACCAACCUGCACGUUUCCUACGCGGAGUACUUUAAGCUGGAGCCUCUCCUCGAGUACCACCGCGUUGUCAGUUUGGAGGAGUUCAUGGAGCAGCUGGCGCCCACCCAUUGGCCUCCGGGCAAGCGAGUGGCUUACUGCUUCGAAGCAGCAGCUCAGAGAAGUGCUGACAAAAGCACUUGUCCCAUGAAGGAUGGAAACCCAUUUGGUCCAUUUUGGGAUCAGUUCAAAGUGGAUUUUGAUAAGUCUGAGCUCUUCAAGGGAAUUUCAUUCAGUUCCACGUAUAAGGACCAUUGGAUCCAAAGGUUUCCGCCCUCUGAGCAUCCUGUACUUGCCUUGCCUGGAGCUCCAGCCCAGUUUCCAGUCUUAGAGGAGCAUCGACCUCUGCAUAAGUAUAUUGUGUGGUCUGACGAAAUGGUGAAGAAAGGAGAAUCCUAUAUUCAUUCUCUCCUGGUUAGGCCCUACAUAGGAAUCCAUCUGAGGAUCGGCUCUGACUGGAAAAAUGCUUGUAAUAUGUUAAAGGAUGGGACAGCUGGGCCUCACUUCAUGCUUCACCUCAGUGUGUGGGCUAUGACCGAAACACUGCUGUAUCUCUUACCAUGGACAUGUGCCUUCCAGACCUCAAAGAGAUCAAGCGUGCUCUCAAGCUCUGGGUAGAAAAGACAGAAGCUAAAUCUGUUUAUAUUGCUACUGAUUCUGAGCCCUACACCAAGGAAAUACAGCAGUUCUUCCAAGAAA